UCAUUAAAAUGAUUAGAUAUUUAUGUUAUUAUUAUUAAGCAUUCCUGACUAAGGUAGUAAGGUCAAUCAAAAUUAUUGGUUAAUACUAUAAGUAAACAGUAUUUAAACAACGAAUAAUUAAAUAUUUCAUUUACAUACCCAUACGCACGUAUACUCAUAAUAAACCUAAAUAAUAUGUAUGUUUUCAAUCGAUUACCCAUAUGAUUAGGUUAUUAUAUUAAUUAGCCACAAAUAAAAUAUAUUCAUCAACACUUGUAUGUAUUUACAUGUUACCAUUUGUUUUGUCAACAUAAAUAUAAAUAUAUAAUAAUAUGUUAAAUGAAUAAAAUUUUAAGCAGAAAAUUAAAUAGUUUGUUGUAUUCAAAUUGUAACGUUAGGGUUCUUUUAAAUUUUAAACAUUUUUUAAAACUAUAAUAUUAAUACCAAUACUACUACCUAUACUGGCUAUACUAACUACUACACUAAAUACACUAAUUUAAAUAUAUACCUAGUAAAGAUGACACGUUGUGCAGUAGUCCCACUAUCUUUUAACUGGACGUUUUGGUACAAAGAGAAGUGCACAGAGGACGAAGAUUGGAGAACAAACUUCCAGAAGUUAUUCGAAGUAUCGACGGCUACGCAAUUUAUCGAGGCCUACAAUUUAACAAAACUGCCCUCAGGCUUGCCACUAGGGGCCAGUUAUUAUUUUUUUAAAAAGGGAAUACAGCCUAUGUGGGAAGAAGAACCGAAUAAAGGUGCGGGAGCGUGGAUCAUUGAGGUCGAAAAUCAAAUGAAUAAUGAUUUGAACUUGAUUUGGUCAGAUUUGUUGUUUACACUUAUCAGUGGCGGGUUUAAAGAAUUGUCGUGUUAUUUAUGUGGUAUCACGUGUUACGCGAAACACAAAACAUUUCAAAAAGUUACAAUAUGGACAGUUAAGACUACGCCAGAAAAUUAUGAACAUAUAAUGAAGAUUGGAAAAAUUCUGCAAACCCUCAAAUUAAACGUUUACGAAAUAAAAUCAUUAAAAUAUAAAUUACAUAAUAGAUUUUCAAAUAAUUUUGACUAUGUGUUAUAAAUUUUAAGAUUGUGUACUAAAUACAAAUAUGUUUUGAGCUCAUUUGGACUCGAA